AUGACUGAAGAAGCAGCGUCAUCCGCCGAUACUGGUGUCACUAAGAAUGAUGAUAGUAAGAGUCAUGAGAACUCUGAAGUGACCAAACGAAACAGGUCCAAACGACGAACUGCGAGCCCUAAUAGUGGAUCCAAAAAUCACUCACACCACAAGGCGAGAGACCGUGUUUCUCCCCAUCGAAAUAGUCCCCGCCCUUCCAAGAGCCCAAUGAGAACAAAAGAUAAAGUUCAGGUAGUUGGGGAUCUUAAAUCGAAUCAUGAGAAGUAUGAUGACUCUGGUAAAGACAGAAACCAGCGAAGCAACUCUAGCAAUGCGCAAGAACGAGAAAAACGACAAGAACGAGACCGUCGAUCGAAACGGACCGAAGACCAAGACAAGGAAGCCAAGGGCAGAGUCAAACGGAGCAAUAGAGCUCCAGCUCUAGCUCCUGGUGCUGUCUCUUCUGACGCUCCUCAUCCUUCUUCUAGCAAGAAGUCAAGUUCACGACGUUCGGAUCGAACCGAUGAUAGAGAUAUCAAACGCAAGGCGGCUCGCAAGACUUUCGCGUUAGCCCCGGGUGCCAUUGCCGAGGAGUACAAUCCGGACGAUGGAAGCCUAGACGACCUGUCAAGAUCCCGUCGAAGUGCGGAUGAUCCAAAGGGAAAAGAGCGACGCUCUCGCAAGGAUAGACCAAUUGUCCCAGGAGCUGUAUCAGCAAAUGAAGGAGAAGGUUCUUCUGAUGGUCGAGAAUCUCGUCGCCGGAGAAAGGAAAAAGAAGCUUCCAAAUCAUCAGGAGGCGCUGUACGACAAAAGGGUGCACCCAUCAGGACCAAAAAGGAUGCCUUGUACCUAGAAGACGGCGAUGAUGAUAAUGCACCAGCUAGUAAUACACUCGAAGUGGUACCGGAAGCCAUGAUGGUCGAAAUACCCGACGACGGCGAAGACACAAAGGUGAAAGAAUUUGACAUUCAAGGGAAUCCCGUCAUGCCACCACCACCACCACCACCGGAAUCAAAUAUUCCCCAUGCGACUCACCAAAAUGACGGCAACCACGUGUCGUCGCCAGCAAAACCCUAUUAUACCAGUCCCAAGUUUUGGGUAUUGAUCUUGUUGAUUUUGGGUGGAGCCGGGGCCGCUGUCUAUUUCUUUACCAAAGGCAAUGCCACUGAGCCUGUCGCGAUCCCAGGAGUUGAUACUACUAUUACGGAUCUUCCAACGCCAUCACCCACUACCAGUAUAUCCAGUGGAUUGCCCAGUACUAGUCCUACCGACGUUUUGGAAAUCAAACCUCCAACACCGGAAGACUGCCUGGCAGUGUCGCGGGGAGAACCAGUCGAAGUGCGACAAGAUCUCAUUCGCAACCUUCAAGUUCCCAUGGACAUUUUACUUUCAGAACCGGCCGACAGUGAGGCAGUGGCAGCUCAAUUGGAACGAGCCAUUCAGGAGUCUCUGGUACCAGAAAUGAUGGGAUGCGAUUUGAUUGGUGCUGCUUCAAGACGAAACAAUAUGAGGAGGGGCACCAGAUUGGAGGAACCUCGUCGCUAUUUACAACUUUCAUCCGACUACUCGAUUGGUAAUGCGAAAACAACAGUCACUCCCAAUGAGGCAGCAUGUACAGCGACCGACGAAGAACCUUGCUUGCAUGUCAUUGUUUCCAUUGUGGUUUAUCUCAAGGGACCCGAACGAGCCAUCAAUCUUCAAAAUUGGAUUCAACAAGUCUUUGGAGAAGGAGACGAAUUGAUGGCCAAGCUCAGUUUAGAGGCACCAAUUCAAGCGGUGUUUGUAUUCAUUGUUGAAAUUCUGCAAAACACUCUAGCUCCGAGUGCUUUGCCUUCCUUCGUGCCCAGUGUGGCUCCUUCGGCUUUGCCCAGUGCAACACCAUCCACUGAUUCCCCUUCUAACGAUCCAACCUUGGCGCCAGUCGUUGGCCCAACGACACCCGAACCCACAAUUGCACCCAGUAUUGCUCCCUCGGCGAAUCCGAGCUCGCUUCCAACUCCUGGACCUACAGUUCAACCUACGCUGGACCCAUCCGAGACGCCUUCAUCAAGCCCAACUCCAAGGCCGACGACUGGUAAUCCCACACCCCCUCCAACGCCACCACCAACUGGAAUGGGUUCUGCAACUCCUUCCAUAUAUCCAACUGUUAUUCCUUCCAGUCAACCUAGCCGGACUCCUACCCUUACACCGACGAGUGGCCCAACCAACUUACCGACGAACGAACCCUCGAAAACGCCCACCGGACGCCCCACGACCAGUCCUAGCAGUGCACCCUCGACACCGGCACCAUCAUCAACACCAGAUAGGAACUGUGGACCUCUUUGGGGAGGCUCUAAAUGCAGUUGUAACGGUAUCUACAUCUAUUGUCAUGCUGCCAGUGGAACUUGUGGAGACACUGCAUAUUACAAGAACUCCCAAGGAACCGAUUGGGACUGCCCCAAUGCUCCUGAUAUUCCAGGGCGGUGCGGUCCACUCUUUGGUGGACGAGCCUGUGAUUGUGGUUCCUUGCUAAAGUGGUGCAACGAAGACAAUGGAUGGUGUGGAAAUACCGUUGCUCAUCGAGAUAUGCAAUCUAGUAUCACUUAUGACUGUCCAGCGGACUAUCCACCUUCGGGAGGAAGCUCGACUUGCAAGUAUGCCAAUAAUUUGAAAUACGGCCAAAUCAAGCCCAUGUCCAAUACCAAUCUUUGCUUACGAUCUCCUAAUCCAAGAGGAGGGACGAACCUGGAAAUGGCCACUUGUAAUCCCUUUGACAAUAACCAAUUCUGGGCGUAUGAUUCUAGCACCCGACGAAUCCAGUGUCUGGCAGCUUGGAAUGGAGUGGAUACCCAAUGUAUCGAUCCCGAAGGACCUAGUCUGAACCCUGGCACUGCCCUGCAAACCUGGUCUUGCGGUACUUCAAUUCAAAGUCAGCACAGGUGGGCCAUCUCUACCGCUUGGCAGAUUGAAUCCAAGUGGCUUAGUUAUGCAACUGGCUGCUUGGACUUGGGUGAAACCUAUCCGCAAAUCCAGACUUGUAAUGCUGGUGAUUCAGGACAAGUGCUGGCCAUGGGUUGGUAUUACUGUUAA